UCCACCUCGUCCGCCUGUCGGGGGAAGAGGCACAUCUAUCGUCCGCCUGUCGAGGGGAAGAGGCACAUCUAUCGUCCGCCUGUCGAGGGGAAGGGGCACAACUAUCGUCCGCCUGUCGAGGGGAAGAGGCACAACUAUCGUCCGCCUGUCGAGGGGAAGAGGCACAACUAUCGUCCGCCUGUCGAGGGGAAGAGGCACAACUAUCGUCCGCCUGUCGAGGGGAAGAGGCACAACUAUCGUCUGCCUGUCGAGGGGAAGAGGCACAACUAUUGUCCGCCUGUCGAGGGGAAGAGGCACAACUAUCGUCCCCCUGUCGAGGGGAAGAGGCACAACUAUCGUCUGCCUGUCGAGGGGAAGGGGCACAACUAUCGUCUGCCUGUCGAGGGGAAGAGGCACAACUAUCGUCUGCCUGUCGAGGGGAAGAGGCACAACUAUCGUCUCCCUGUCGAGGGGAAGGGGCACAACUAUCGUCUGCCUGUCGAGGGGAAGAGGCACAACUAUCGUCCGCCUGUCGAGGGGAGGCACAACUAUCGUCUGCCUGUCGAGGGGAAGAGGCACAACUAUCGUCUGCCUGUCGAGGGGAAGAGGCACAACUAUCGUCAGCCUGUCGAGGGGAGGCACAACUAUCGUCUGCCUGUCGAGGGGAAGAGGCACAACUAUUGUCUGCCUGUCGAGGGGAAGAGGCACAACUAUCGUCUGCCUGUCGAGGGGAAGAGGCACAACUAUCGUCUGCCUGUCGAGGGGAAGAGGCACAACUAUCGUCUGCCUGUCGAGGGGAAGAGGCACAACUAUCGUCUGCCUGUCGAGGGGAAGAGGCACAACUAUCGUCUGCCUGUCGAGGGAAGAGGCACAACUAUCGUCUGCCUGUCGAGGGGAAGGGGCACAACUAUCGUCCGCCUGUCGAGGGAAGAGGCACAACUAUCGUCUGCCUGUCGAGGGGAAGAGGCACAACUAUUGUCCGCCUGUCGAGGGGAAGAGUGGCACAACUAUCGUCUGCCUGUCGAGGGGAAGUGGCACAACUAUCGUCUGCCUGUCGAGGGGAAGAGGCACAACUAUCGUCUGCCUGUCGAGGGGAAGGGGCACAACUAUCGUCUGCCUGUCGAGGGGAAGGGGCACAACUAUCGUCUGCCUGUCGAGGGGAAGGGGCACAACUAUCGUCUGCCUGUCGAGGGGAAGUGGCACAACUAA